GCGCGUCACCUUCCCCUCGUCCUCGCGCACGACCGCCUCCAAAUUGCGGCCGCAUUUGGGCAGUUCAGUCCUGCUACCUAUUCGACCGAGAACUGCGAGCUGGUUAGCCUGAGAGCGGUUGAGUCGCUUUCAACUUCGCCACCAGUGAGCAUACGAAGCAACGGCUUUGAUUGACCAAUAGCCUUCCAAGUACUAUGUUCGGUAUACACUCAUCCCUAUAAUGCGGCAUAACCUUAUUGACUGACCCGCUAUCUAGUGUGAUCACGAUGAACGACCAGGUGCACAAGACCGAACACGUAGAGGAUCAGAUUGCUCAUCCGGAGGGCAUUUCUGACAACCUGACGGCCGAGGAUCCCGGAAAGGAGAAGGGCUCAAGCUCAGACCCCGAACGGCGCGAGAUUGAGAUUCCGUUCAGGCAACCCACAUAUUCAAGCGAUACGGGUCCACGAUUACCGCAAGAGCUCAUCGAGCGCAUCUGCGAAUGCCUCUGGGACGAACCAGUCCAGCUAGCGAUCAGCUGCAUGCGCAUAUGCCCCGCUUGGUAUCAUGCUGCACGGCGAGUUCUACCAGAGGAUUCGAUCACCUGGCGAAGCCGCGAGGCCCUGCAAGACUACGCACAUACACUCAUAUCCCAUCGCAAUGCGCCAUAUCGCAAACGCUUCAAAACUCUUUGGAUCCUCGACGACACUAGCAAGCCAUUCGCACACGUUUGGCCCAUGUUCGUACCCGGAUGGAUGCUACCAGAAUUGUCCUUCGUGGCGUUCUGUAACCAUGACUGGUCAGCCAAGACGCCGCAUGACAGCUUCUUCGUCCACCUGUCUUCCUACACCAGCGUCUUGAGCCUACAAUUGCACGACUGCAAAUUUCGAAGUCUCACGGAUCUUCGCAGGGUGAUCAACGCCCUUCCCAACCUUACAUUGCUAGCUCUCCACAACGUCAGAUUACAGCACCCCCUCAGACAGAAUACGACACCUGGUUACAGUCUUCGGGCCCGUUCGCACAAGCUCGAGAGUAUUUCCCUUGACGGCCCGUCUCCGAAGCAUCCUGACCUGUCCGCGGACUCUCGAGGAAUGAUGGUCCUCGAAUGCUCAACUCUACUCCAUAUGGUCGCCGCGAACUCAACCACCGUUACGGCCCUCGCGUUAGACCUCCGAAUAUUUGUUUCGCUCUCAGCGCUUUUGCAAUAUCUGACGCACUUUCGUAGUCUGUCCACCCUUCGCACAUGCUUCUGCAACUGCUUGUUACCUCACAAUCACGCAACACACUGGAGGCUCUCCAGAUCUCUCUUGUGGGCCGUCCAUCUGCUGCAAUUCUAUCGUGUACCAGCCGUGUGCUUCUUGCAUCCGGACCUAGGCUCAAGAAUUUCUCUUGGCAAAGCUCAGUGGCCCCAGGUCUCGAGGUCAUGCCGUCACUCUCAGGGAAUACAUGUCUGCGAGGGAUAUCCGUAGUCUUGCGGGACAUCACCCCAUCACCACAGAAGAUGGCCAGCGCUCUCACCG